UUUCCGGCGUGCAGACCGUGACUCGGACAGGUUCAGACGUGCCAGCGCGUUGUCCUCUACUGUGCGUCGUUAGACAAUGUCAGAAAAUGAAAAAUAUUAAUGAACCGGCAAGAUGUUAACGACCAAAACUUUCUUUCGCAAAAGCAAAAGAGGGAACAUAUUUAAGAUUGUAAGAGAGCAUUAUCUCCGUGAUGAUAUAUGGUGUGGUUCCGAAGGAUGCAAUACCUGUAACCACAGACAUGACGAUGUCCUUCUUAGUGAUGAAAACCCUGGAUUAAAAAGUUCUUUAUUUCCAAAUCCUCAUUACUUAGUGCUCGACACAAACAUUGUACUCGAUCAAAUACAUAUUCUAGAAGAAAAUGUUCUUUGCAAUGUAAUAAUAUUAUAUACGGUAUUUGAUGAAGUACAACAUAGAAGUUCUAAUGUACAUAAAAAAUUAAAAGACUUAAUGUCUGAUCCGGGACGACGAUUUUAUGUGUUCGUCAAUGAACAUCACAAAGACACAUACGUAGAACGCGUGCCAGGUGAAAAAAUAAAUGAUCGAAAUGAUCGAGCCAUAAGAACUGCCGUUAAAUGGUAUAAUAAACAUUUAACGUUGGGAAGUCAGAAUCCAGUGACAGUUAUUUUAUUAACUGAUGAUGCAGAAAAUAAAAGGAAAGCUAUUGAAGAUGGGAUUCCUGCAGUGUCAAUGGAGGAAUACAUUGCAUCACUGGAUAAUCCGGGCCUAUUAUUGGAUAAAAUAAAUAAGCGCAAUUAUAUAUUAGAAGGAAGUAAUAAAGAACCAUUAUUUCCAUUGCACUUGGCACCUGCACAAAUACACGAGGGAAUAAAGGAUGGAAGUAUUUUACAAGGAACAUUUCUGGCAUCGAGGGACAAUUUUCUUGAAGGAAGUGUCAAUGUAGAAAGCAUAGAAAAAUUUGUACUUGUUCAGGGAAGAGCUGGAUUGAACAGAGCAAUUGAUGGUGACAUAGUUGCUCUUAAAUUGUUACCAGAAGAUGAAUGGUCUGCCCCUUGUGACCUUGUAUUACAGGAUGAAGAAGAAGAUCCUGGUGAUAUUUUGGACGAUGAAAAGUUAGUAAUUGAGCAAGCACCAGCGAAGCCAAUUGAAAAAACUCCAACUGGAAUAAUUGUUGGAAUUAUCAAAAGAAAAUGGAGGCAGUAUUGUGGUAUUUUGCAGCCAAGCCCUCUUAGAAAUGCAGUGAAACAUCUUUUUGUACCUGCAGAACGAAAAAUUCCUAAAGUUAGAAUUGAAACUAGACAAGUGGAUAUUUUGAGUAACCAGCGAAUCAUAGUAGCAAUAGAUUCAUGGCCACGUCAUUCUAGAUAUCCAUUAGGACAUUUUGUUCGAGCUUUAGGAAAAAUUGGAGAUAAGGAAACAGAAAACGAGGUCUUGUUACUGGAACAUGAUGUUCCUCAUAGUCGAUUUUCUGAUGCAGUACUUAGUUUUCUUCCAAAAAUGCCAUGGACCAUUACCGAUGAGGAUCUUGCUCAGCGAGAAGACCUAAGACAUUUAGACAUUUGUUCAGUGGAUCCACCAGGCUGUACAGACAUCGAUGAUGCACUUCACUGCAGAGAUUUACCGAAUGGUAAUUUAGAGGUGGGAGUUCAUAUCGCAGAUGUGUCUCACUUCAUUAAGCCUGGGAAUGCACUCGAUAAGGAAGCUGCUCUGCGAGGUACUACAGUAUAUCUAGUUGACAAGAGGAUCGAUAUGGUACCAGAAUUAUUAAGCUCAAACCUUUGUUCAUUGCGAGGCAAUGAAGAAAGAUUUGCCUUUUCUUGUAUAUGGGAGGUGGAUCACGAAGCUAAUAUAAUUGCAACAAGAUUCUGUAAGUCUGUUAUUCGAUCACGACAAGCAAUGACAUAUGAGGAAGCGCAGCUGAAGAUCGAUGAUAAAUCGCAACAAGAUUCCUUGGCAAAAUCACUUCGACAGCUUAAUAAAUUGGCUAAGAUACUGAAGCAGAGACGUCUGGAAAAUGGGGCACUGGUUUUGGCUUCACCUGAGAUUCGCUUCCAGGUAGAUAGCGAAACGCACGAUCCCAUCGAUGUCGAGGCUAAAAAGAUUCGGGAAACAAACUCCAUGAUCGAGGAAUUUAUGUUGCUAGCAAACAUAUCCGUCGCCCAAAAGAUUGUACAAGAAUUCCCGGAAUUCGCGAUGUUAAGAAGGCAUCCUGAACCACCACAAGCAAAUUUCGACCCAUUAAUUAAAGCCGGUAGAAAUCAGGGAUUCGACAUAAUUACAACAACCGGAAAAGAACUGGCUCAGUCUCUUAACGAUGCUAACAAAGAGGACAAUCCUUAUUUCAAUACAAUGUUAAGAAUUUUGGCCACUCGUUGCAUGAUGCAAGCUGUCUAUUUCGUUAGUGGGAUGUUGCAGCCCAAGGAAUAUUUCCAUUACGGUUUGGCUUGCCCAAUUUAUACUCAUUUUACUUCGCCAAUCAGGAGAUAUGCAGAUAUAAUCGUUCAUCGAUUAUUAGCGGUAUGUAUAGGAGCGGACGCAACUUAUCCGGAGUUGCUGGAUAAGAAAAAAAAUCACGCUCUGUGUCAUAAUUUAAAUUACCGAAAUCGAAUGGCUCAAUACGCCGGGCGAGCUUCGGUUGCUCUCAAUACGCAUUUAUUCUUUAAAAAUAAGGUGCAAACGGAGGAAGGCUACAUACUUUUCGUACGGAAGAAUGCCCUCCAAAUUUUGAUUCCAAAGUUCGGCAUGGAAGGAACCAUAUACCUUAGCCAUAAGGGUGAGACUUUGUCGGUUAAUUUCCAUUACAACGAUGAAGAUCAUUCUCAAAGAUGCGGCGACAUCGUGUUCCACGCAUUCGACCCUGUCGUCGUGCAACUUAGUUUAGACAGUUCAAAUAUCCAGCAUGAAAAACUGGUCUUCAAACUCGUGAAGCCGCAGAUUCCAGGAUUCAGCGUCCCUGAACCAACGAUGGACGCCGCGGAAGAUGUAGAAAUGCAGGAAGUAUCAAAGAGAAAAGUGGAGGAAGUGUCGGAUGAAGUUCCCAAGAAGAAAAAGGGGAAGAAGAAGAAGAAGAAAAACUGAGCGGUCGACGGUACAACGAAACAGUGUUCUAUACUUAUACAAUUCUUGUACUUGAUUGCGCAAAUUGAACGACGCGGAAAGAAACGUCUUUCUUUGCUAAAUAAACGUUUUUACCCUUGGAAUUGUAA